GGAUGAAGAAGAAGAGAAUGAGGAUGAAGAAGAGGAUGAGGAUGAAGAAGAAGAAGAAGAGGAAGAGGAUGAGGAUGAAGAAGAAGAAGAAGAAGAAGAGGAUGAGGAUGAAGAAGAAGAAGAAGAAGAGGAUGAGGAUGAAGAAGAAGAAGAAGAAAAGAAAGAAGAAUGAAAAGAAGAAGAAGAAUGAAAAGAAGAAGAAUUCCAGUACAGCAAAAAGUGUAUCUGCAGAGAGCUCCGCUAUUUCUGACAGUUCUCUGACAGUUCCUUCACAUUUACAGCGAUUGAAACAUUGUAUCUAUUUGUUUCCGAAUAAAAACAUC